AUGGAGAGUUUUGGGGUGUCCCUGCGGUUGCAGGGACCUGUCCAGUCUGCACCUUGGACUGUUACCCUCCUUUCAGACUGGAACGGAUACUGGGAGGAGCGGGACUCUGAGGGUGACUAUGGUAACUAUGCAGCACUGAUACAGCAACAAAUUAAUGAGGAGAAACAAAACUUGAGAGGAAAGACUGUGUAUGGAGUCCAGCUCACAGAAGAAAAACUUGAUGACUUCCGUGACGAACAGAUUGGACAGCUGAAGGAACUGAUGGACGAGGCUACCAAACCCAAUAAACGAAUCACCAUUUCUAAAGACUCAAAAUGCAAAACAUAA